CCGGCCAUGGCGGGCCGGGCGGCGGCGGGAGCCGCGGGAAAGGUUCCGGGCGGAGCGGGAGCUUCCGGGAGCAGCGCGGAGAAACGGGCCGGACCGAGCGGGGAAGAUGAAGAAGGAGCAGGUGGUGCACUGCCAGUUCUCCGUGUGGUACCCGCUGUUCCGGGCCGUCACCAUCCGCAGCGUUAUACUUCCCCUGCCAGAUAAUGUGAAAGAAUAUUUGCUGGAUGAUGGAACACUUGUGGUUUCUGGAAGAGAAGAUCCGCCAAGUCAUGCUGAGGAGGGGAGUGACAAUGCAGAGGAAAUACAGUGGUCGGAUGAUGAGAAUACUACGACGCUUAAGGCACCAGAAUUUCCUGAGUUCACAGCUAAAGUUCAAGAAGCAAUAAGUUCCUUGGGUGGGAGUGUUUUUCCUAAACUUAACUGGAGUGCUCCAAGGGAUGCCUACUGGAUAGCAAUGAACAGUUCUCUGAAAUGUAAAGCUCUCAGUGACAUCUUCCUCCUCUUCAAGAGUUCAGACUUCAUUACCCGUGACCUCACUCAGCCAUUCAUUCACUGCACUGAUGAUUCCCCUGACCCUUCCCUGGACUACAAGCUUGUUCUUCGCAAAUGGUGUGAACUAAUUCCUGGGGCAGAAUUCAGAUGCUUCGUCAAGGAAAACAAGCUUAUAGGUAUAUCGCAGAGGGACUACACUCAAUACUACGACCACAUCUCUAAGCAACAUGAGGAAAUCUGUAGAUCGAUACAGGAGUUUUUCAAGAAACACAUCCAGUAUAAAUUCUUGGAUGAAGACUUUGUUUUCGAUGUGUACAGAGACAGCAGGGGUAAGAUUUGGUUGAUUGAUUUUAACCCAUUUGGUGAAGUAACAGACUCCCUGCUGUUUACCUGGGAAGAACUGACCUCUGGGACAAACUUGAAAGGAUACCAGGGUGAAGGGGAAGCCACAGAGCAGGAUUCUCCAGUUUUCCGUUGUACGAACAGUGAAGUUACCGUCCAGCCGAGUCCGUACCUGAGCUACCGGCUGCCCAAAGACUUUGUGGACCUUUCGACGGGAGAGGAUGUUCACAAAUUAAUUGACUUUCUUAAACUGAAAAGAAAUCAGCAAGAUGAUGACUGAGGCACCAAGAAGCAUUACACUGAAUUACAAGCAAGAAAUGUGGCAAAAGCUGUAUUUAGCAUAACUAUUAAACUAUCGAUUUAAAGAAAAACCUGCUUCUUAUAGUCAGUGAAAGAACUGAAGAGCUGUUCAUCCUGUGUCUCUGGUUUAUAUGAAAGCGUAGAAAAGCGUUUUCAGGGAAACGUGAGAGGUGAGGGUGAGUUCUCACUGGAAUCCAGGUUAAACGCAAUUAUUCCACGGUGCAAGCAAGCGACAAUCCAAGUGUGACUGAGCGACUGCUUUCCCGUCCCGUAAUGUGAAGAUUGAUGCCGCUGAAGUGUGCCAGCCACUCUUCAGUGAUAAAUAUGACAAUAUUUAAUGCUUGUGCGGUUAAAACAUCAAGCAUUUUCUGAACCUAGGCACAGUCUUGCUUAAAAUAUAGUGUAGUUACAAGGAAAGAAAGGAAUGUACAGAUUUUUCUGUAGAAACCUUUUUAAAUUGUAAAUUGACUUUGUUUGGGGACUUCUAUUUCUUCGUUAUGAGGGCCAGUACUUCAUUUCGGAGAACAGCUGUAGCUAGAGUAGACUAUUUAAAGGUUUGAAAAAUUUGCAUUUCAGGAAUCUGAAAUUCUGAAUGUAUUUCAAGGAAAGUAGUAUUUUUACAGUAGCUAAAGCCAUGAAAUUUGUUAAACUUCACCCAAUUUCAUUUCAUUUUCAUAGUAAAGCCUUCAUGAAACUCAUUUUUUAACAUGAUUGCACACUAGACACCUGUGGCUUUAAUAGAAAUAGUUAAACGUAACGUCAACCUGUAGUUUUAUAUGUGGGCUCAGUCUUGUUUCUUUUCUGUCACAUCUCUAAGUUUCUUAAGAAAACAAAUUACCCUUUCAGUUCUUAAAAUUCUACAUUCAUUAGGUACUUAAUGUUUUUUGUAUAAAAGGAGGCUUGGCUAAAUUUGGGAAAACGGAAGCUCUGGUUACCAAUUGCUGUUAUUUAGGAGGUGGUGGGAGGACCAUUUUGGGUGAAGAAUCAAUUAACUUUUGGCUGUUGGUGUUUGCCUGAUAACGUGUUAACUGCACAAUUCCUGCAGAAACAAAAGGACAUUUGCAGGUGCUCAUGGCCCCUGGAAACGGGUUCCUAUUUCAGACCAGUUAUGUGAUACUUCACGUGUGUAUAUAAAGCUGUUCAUGUUUCUUUGCCUUGCUUCAAAUUGAUACGGUGCUCGGUUACAGUCUGUUCUUAGAUGUCAAAUCUGAGUUUAGAUGUUAAAUUAUUACUUACUGGCUUUAUUUAGCUUCAGUUUUGAAUGAAUACUUACUCUAGUUCCAGGGUAUGCAGAUUAAGAAACAAGUUCUACCAAAUAUAUUGAUGCAACAUCACAGAUUUAAGGCUGCUGGCAUCUGAGAGUACAAGACCUACCCUUGAAGUGAUGGAAUCUCCUUCUCAGUAUCUUUUUGUACACAAAUUAGAUGAUCAUUAACUCAGGGCUGGGCUCUACCUAAUCCUGCCCCACUGCAGGACUCCGGAUGAGUUUUCUCACCUUUAUCAGAGGGAUUAUUUGAGUAUAAAUGUCUUUAAAUCAGGUAGGAACUUAAAAACUUUUUAAAAAAUCAACAAAGCUUUUUUUAAAGUUUCUAGCCAUAACUUAACAACUAUUGCAAUGAUCUAACCACACUUCCAUUACACAGAAAACGCCCUGGAAUUGCCAGUGAAUUCAUAAAUGCUUCUGAGCUACAGAUUAUUGUCUUGAACAACACCAAGUCUUGGUUAAAAGCUGUAAGAUAGUUUCCUGCAUCCUUUUUUUGUGGGCUCCACUGAUUCAUUUACCAUUAUCACAGCUUUCUGUGGUGGAUGUUCACCACAACAUAGACAGUGUUGGGACCAGAUUGAUGGGACCCUGUGCACUCUAGAGAGUCCCUUCAGGUGAGCAGGCUGGAGCAGUUGCUUUUUAACAGUUGUUUGCUUCUUGGCAUUGUUAUUUAUCCCAAAAAUGGCAUCACCAAGUAAACUGUCCACAAUCGACUUGUUGACAGCUCUCACGUGUUUGCGAGAACCACGGUCUUGUGUGGGUGUUCUGCAUUUAUAGUUGAGCUUUUCUAGGACAAAUCGCAGUGGAAUUGGAUGCUGGCCCAGCACCUGGCUCCUUAUACAGCUUCGUUACUGGUCUGUACUGGUCCUUUGGUUAAAGGACCAUCACAGUACCAUGCUGGCAUUAGCAUAGGCUUAGUUUUAAUGAACAACCAUAAAAGGCUGCAGAGCAAAACCACUAGUCCCAUGUUCAGGUUCUGAUACAGAAAAAGUCCCCGCUAUAAUAAUCUGUUCUACAUCAUUAGGUUCCCCAAAAUACCAUAUCCUUACAACUUAACUACAUUAUAUUUACUUUGCUUCUUUCUCCAGCUUCAGGUAACUAAAUGUUGAAAUUCUGUUGUCUGCUAGAAUAAGGAUUCCUCUUCUAAAAGGAUUUUCAUUCCAAAUGACCUUUUGAUCUGUGAGGAUAAUUAACAUAUGUGUUCCUCUUGGGUGAGGAAGCUAAUGCUGACACAUUAAAAAUGCUUCACAUCAAUUUUAAACUGAAUAGUAUAUGGCAUUGUUCUAAUUCAUCAUAAAAUCAGUUUCUGCCUCUCGCCAUCAUGCAGAAGUUUGAAAAUACAAAAUUCCAGCUGUUCAGGUCCUUGUUCAUGUGAUUCAGUGCUCUGAUCACCAUUUGCUGAGUAUUCUACUGUGUGUUCUUAGUUAUAUGCUUAAAACAUUCUAUGAAGUUGUUUGUAAUCUCACCUGGAUGACAGACAUGAGAAGUUCUAGAAGGAGGGAGCAGUCAGUUGCUUUACACGGAGCGUUUGUUCUGUGUCGAAUGGUCUGAGCACCACGAGGCUCCGCUUGUGGGCUGCAGCGCUGCCAGAAGCCCCAAAGAAGUGUCUUUGUUGUUUUGCAGCCAAUCUUCGUGAUAUUUAAUCUCCCAAGUGGGGAUGGGGGUCCAGUAACCCCAUCAGCAGGAACUGUUAACAUGUAUGGGAUGAUGCUCCCGUAUUUCUGGGCUGCAGACUCUUCUGUUUGCUCUCCUCUGACUCCGCUUUUUUGCAGUGUUAUCUUCAUCUUUCCUGACCCACCAAUCUAGUAUUAAGCUGGAUGUUAAGAUUAGAAUAAGCAGCAGCAUGGAUAAUACUGAUCUGAAUUUUAAAACCUCUCUCUGUCCACUUUUCCCUCCCUCUUAGAAAGAUAUUAUUUUGACUGGUGCUCUAUGAUAGCUGAAAAAAACCCCUAAAAAUAGGGGAAUAAUAGCCAGCUCUGAGUGUCAGCAGGAUGAAUACCACUUGUUGGAUUCUGCUCACUAUGUAUGGCUUGUGAAGAUCCUCGUAACCGCAUCCAAUGUCCUUAGCUGGAAAUUUCAUGUAUCUGGUCCUUAGCCUGUUGCUGAUGUCCGGGGUGCAGAGCUGGUGGGAGCAAAGGUGCUGGGGGAGAUGCGCUUUGGGUGCCUGUUUAAGCAACGUGGACUAUUAGACUAAACUUUCAAGGUUUCAGGCUUUCAAGGAAGCGUCACCAGAUGGGAGAGUUCUGAAACAGAUCAGUGGCAGCGUGGAGAUGGGUAUCGGUGUGGCACAAACCUGUGCAAAAGCACUUCUGGUACCUUUGUGCGUGACUGAGUUUGGCUUCACAAACUGUCCCAAAUCUGAAGGGUCGAGCAGCUGGAGAAAACUGCGGGGUAUCUGUUAGUGGGUAUAAAAAGGCAAAUCAGCUCGGAAACUGGUGAAUAACUUCAACCGUAGAGGCCAAGAGUAUACAGUUCAGGUUGUGUUUGGGAAGCAAGUCUAUCACUUCAAAAAAUAAUGCUUAAAAUGUGUAUCUCUGGCUAAGAGGAGAUGAGCCUUAUGUACCACAGAAACAGACCACAGUGCUUUUGAUUCAUGAAGCAUACUUGGUAACGCUGGUAUUUAGAUGCUUAAUAAAUCUGUCUUAAACGUUUGCCUGGCUGUUGAAUUAAGUGUCUUUAUUUCUGUUUGAAUUUGAUGACAUCUGUAAAGAUAAAGUCUCUGAUGUGUCAUCCUACUGAAAUUAUAUAGAAUUAAAAUUAGAUUUGUUGCCGUAACCGGGUUUUUUUGUGCAGACCUGAAGAGUCCUUAACCAGUACUAUGUGAUUAUGGACUUUGACAGUAAUAAAGACAUGAGCACUGCA